GGCCUGCUCCGAGCUUAGGAGGUGCCCCCUGCGGCCUCCCCUCGCGUCCUUAGCAGUGGAACUGGCGGCUGGAAGGAUGCGGGGCUGGAGUUGCCUAGCCUUCGUCUUACUGAGCGUGACCGUCACCUGCUCGGUGGCGCAGCAGGUGCCACCGUGGACAGAAGACUGCAGAAAAUCAACCUAUCCUCCCUCUGGACCAACCUACAGGGGUCCAGUUCCGUGGUACACCAUAAAUCUCGAUUUACCACCAUACAAAAGAUGGCAUGAAUUGAUGGUUGACAAGGCACCAGCGCUAAAAGUUAUAGUGAAUUCCCUGAAGACUCUAAUAAAUACAUUUGAGCCAAGUGGAAAAAUUAUACAGUUAGUGGAUCAAAAGUUGCCUGAUCUACUUGGCAACUUUCCUGGCCCUUUCGAGGAGGAAAUGAAGGGGAUUGCAGCUGUUACUGGAAUACCUUUAGGAGAGAUUAUUUCAUUCAGUAUUUUCUAUGAACUUUUUACCAUUUGUACUUCAAUCAUAACAGAAGACAAAGAAGGUCAUCUACUACAUGCACGAAACAUGGAUUUUGGAAUAUUUCUUGGGUGGAAUAUAAAUAAUAAUACCUGGGUCGUAACUGAGGAACUAAAACCUUUAACAGUGAAUUUGGACUUCCAAAGAAACAACAAAACUGUCUUCAAGGCGACAGGCUUUGCUGGUUACGUGGGCAUGUUGACAGGAUUCAAACCAGGACUGUUUAGUCUUACGCUAAAUGAACGUUUCAGUGCAGAUGGCGGUUAUAUGGGUGUCAUAGAAUGGAUUUUGGGAAAGAAAGAUGCCAAGUGGAUAGGGUUUAUCAUUAGAUCGGUUCUGGAAAAUAGCACAAGUUAUGAAGAGGCCAAGAAUAUACUGACGAAAACCAAGAUACUGGCCCCAGCAUACUUUAUCCUGGGAGGCAACAAGUCUGGGGAGGGUUGUGUGAUUACACGAGACAGAAAACAGUCUUUGGAUAUACAGGAACUCAACCCCAAGCAGGGUAGAUGGUACGUGGUACAAACAAAUUAUGACCGUUGGAAAAAUCCCUUCUUCCUUGAUGAUCGCAGAACACCUGCAAAGAUGUGUCUAAACCAGACAACCCAAGAGAAUAUCUCAUUUGCAACCAUGUACGAUGUCCUGUCAACAAAACCUGUCCUCAACAAGCUGACGGUAUACACGGCCUUGAUAGAUGUUACUAAAGGUCAACUUGAAACGUACCUGCGGGACUGUCCAGACCCCUGUAUAGCUUGGUGAGCACACACCUGGCCUACCGGAUGCGCUCUGUAUGACGGCAAGAGGGGAGCUCGCACGGGGCUGAGAAGUGCAGCCGUCUGAUCUCCUUCCAAAGACUGAGGCUCGGGGCAGGUUCUCUUUGAGGCGUGCGCUUGUCCUGCUCUGUCUGCUUACAAUUCAGAGGCUGUUUUUGGUUGAUUACUCUCAUACACAGAUAACUUCUGUUAGUGAAGUACAGCAGUCAUCCAGAGUUUAGUGAUUCGUUUCAGUCUGACAUUUGGGGAUGGGGAUGGGCAAGUAAAACUACUGUGGGACCCCACCUCCAUGGAAUAAGGCAAAUUCUCUGCGAGCACUGAAUCCUCUGCAUCCAGGUGCGCAGUAGUGAAAUAGUCCACCUUUGGGUUUUCACUCUUAUCGCCAUAUUUGCAUGUUUUUUUUUCCUCUUGGCUCUAUUAAAAUUAAUAUACCAUUGUCUUUGCUGUCUGUAACAGCAACGUAUUUCACUAAUUUUGACUGGAGGGGUAUGAGACAGGCAUUCAGCUGAAUGUUUCUCUUAAUGGACAACACAUGGGUCUUUGACUAGAAGUACUUUUGGGGGUUCUUGAAGUAACCAGUAUGUAAGGCAGUUUUUUAUACUCAGAAUUGAAGUGUUUCCUUUUUCAUAAUUAGGCUACUUCCCACUAAUCCCAGGAAGGUAUUAAAUAAAUUUCAGAAACAGUCCCAGGUUCUGUGAGUCAAUGGUAGAUAAGCAGGUCAAAGACUAGUGGAAAAUGGGAGGCGAACUGCUAUUUUAAACUCUCAUAAGUAUCAUUCAAUGUAUUUUUUAAAACUAAGUAUAGUUACUAAAAAUGUUUUUCAGAAAUCAGUCUAUUUAUGAGAAGUGCUAAUAGAACUUGUUAACCUUUCAAACUUUCACAAUUAAUUUUGCCAGUUGGGCAAGACUGCAGCCACUUCAUUCCUGUAUAACAUCAGCUGUAUUCGUGACAUUUAGUAGAGUCACUGGAGGAAGUGUCUGUCAGCAGUCAUGUAUGCUGAGUGUGUACCUACGUGUUUGUUUGAGGGUGCGGGUUAUGGAGAAAUCCAGGCUGCCUAUAGUAUUUGAAUUAAUAUUACAAGGGUUAUGUAAGUGGGUUAUUCAAUUUAUGACUAAAUGGUCACAAUCUCACAUGACUAACCCUAACUGAAUGGUAUCAUCUCAGUGCGUAGGUAUCCAAAGGCAGCUUCUCCCCCCCAGAUAGGAGGUGUUUCCACAAAACUGCAGUGAUGCUAGUGUAAUAUUAGUGAAGCAAGGAGAAUUACAGGAGGAUCUGUGUUAAAAACAGGAUUUGGUUAAUUUUAAAAAAUCUUUUGUUCCUAAUUUACACAUUUAAUAAUUUUUUAAUAGAAAAUGUCGUGAAUUUUUCAUGAAGUUCCACAUCCCCUUCAGUUUACCUCAGUGUGUCUUAAAACAGUGUCAUUUUCUGUGGGUGCCACGGCAUGAGAAAAGGUUAGAAAGCACCAUCACAGAGCUCUGGGUGGAAAGUGAACCCAGAGACCUGGUUCUGGUUCUGACUCCUUCAUCGCUCAGUUGUGCCCUGGGAGAAGCCACCAAGCCUUCCUGCACCUUCAGGUCAGCCUUUGUCAAGUGAGGGUUUAACCCCAUUUUUCUCCAAGGUUUCUUCUAACUUUAUGAGUACAGAUUUAAACUGCAUCUCAGGUUAGCAGGCAGUUAGGUAGCAGCUGACAUCCAGGUGCUGUUGGAGACGUCAGAACCAUUGUAGUUUUCUUUAUUCACAGACGUGCAUGGGUGCAUCUAAUAAAAAGUUUUCUUAAUAAGUAUUUCAACAUAAUGAUAACACUCUAAUUUGCAGAAAGAAUGUGCAUUGUUAAAGCAGUCAUGGGCAGCUAGCUUGGAUGCCUCCAAAUAGCCUGUCGGUUGCAAAUGGACGUUAUUUUUAUACAUGGAUAACAUAUGUGUAAUACAUAUGUAUAUCUUACACAGACAGUAAAUGUGUUUAAUUUUGAAAACAUGUAGCACCUGAGUUCAAUGCCAACCCUCUUUCAAUCUCAGGAAAACAAUGAACUCAAGUCAUGCUCAAUAGUCCACUGGGGUAAACAAUUUCAACUGCCACAUACAGAUAAGAUACGAGACUGGGUUGAUAGCAUUAUUUCAAAAUGUUAUGAUAGGAGAUAGGAAUUCUAACAAGUCAACUACAAGACCAUGCAUGUCCAGGUGUGUGAAAUCUCAUUACCCCCAGGAGCAGUGACCAAGGAGAAAAAACUUGAUGUUAAUAAGUUUGUUUUUCACAUAUGCAAGGUACAAUGGACCAUAUCGCCAAAUUGGAAUAAGACUUUUCAUCUUAGUUACUGAAAAUAAAUAUUUCCUUGUGUAUCUAA